GUUUAUAUAAACAGCUCAGCUCAGUAAAGUGUCCGAUGGAAGAGACGCACUAAACUCUACAUGGAGAAUCACUUUAAUGAUCAAAGGACGGAAUGUUCCGCCGGUUCAGACAGCAACGACUGCCAGAGGGUGGACCAGUAUGGAUUUGAGAGAGCAGAAGAUUUCAACUAUGAAUCCUAUGAGGAGUUUAUGUCCAGGCAUUUAGCUGUUGUCACUAGAAGGUCAAACAAGUGGUCGAAGCUUUUGCAGGGCACUGUAAAAGUGGAGAAAAAUGUAAAAGUGAAGCGUUAUGUGAGGAAGGGGGUUCCAUGUGAACAUCGCACUCAGAUCUGGAUGGCAGCUAGUGGAGCCCAGGACCAGUUGGACAGAAAUCCUGGCUACUAUCAUUCUCUAUUAAAGGCUGAGCAUGACCCUAAAACAGAAGAGGUUAUACGUGCUGAUAUGCACAGAACCUUCCCUGACAACAUUCAGUUCCGUGCCUCCUCCCAGCCAUGUUUACAAAAAGCCCUGUUUAAUGUACUUCUGGCUUAUGGACACCACAAUAAGGAUGUUGGUUACUGUCAGGGAAUGAACUUUAUUGCUGGAUAUCUCCUCAUCAUCGCCAAAGAUGAAGAGAAGUCUUUCUGGUUAAUGGAUGCUUUAAUUGGCAAGAUCUUACCAGACUAUUACACACCAACAAUGCUGGGGCUUAAAAUGGAUCAAGAGGUGCUUGGAGAGCUUGUCAGGAUGAAGGUUCCUGCUGUCUGGCAGGUCAUGAAUCGGCACGAUGUAAUGUGGACCCUGGUGGUCUCACGCUGGUUCAUCUGCCUGUACGUUGACAUACUUCCUGUAGAGACAGUGCUGAGGAUAUGGGAUUGCCUUUUUUACGAAGGAUCCAAGAUCCUGUUCCGAGUGGCUUUGACUCUGAUUCGUCACCAUCAGAACCUCAUCUCACAGGCACAGAGUCUCCCAGAAAUUUGCGAACGCUUUAAACAGAUCACUCACGGGGAGUACGUAGAGGACUACCAUACAUUCAUGCAGAAAAUCUUUAUGGAGCCUGGAGGUCUCUCUACAGCAACAAUUGCUAAACUCAGGAAGAUGUGUAGGAAUCGCAUUGCUUCUGUCUAAAACCCUCCUUUACACAAAAUUGUGAACAUGGACAUACAGUUCUGCAUGUUCAGGAUGAGAAUCUAUUACUUACUGUGUGGUAAAACUUUAUGGUAUGUUAAGCUUUUAUAUGAAUAUUUUAAACAUAAUGAAAGGGAUACACUACCUUUCCAAAAUUUGGGGUCAGUAAGAUUUUUUUUGCAAGACGUCUCUUAUGAUUACCAAGCCUGAAUUUAUUUGAUCAAAACUACAGCAAAACAGUAAUAUUGUAAAGUAUCAUUUACAAUUUAAAAUAAGGCAGCAGCUAUUUACACCAAGUGAAAAUAGCGGUAUUUUUUAACGAUAUGCUAUUUACACUAAGUGCAAAUAGCUAUAGAUUCUAUUUACACUAUUUUAAAAUAGCAAGAUUUUCUGCCAUUUAUAUAAGCCUACUACUUAUUGCAAAUACUGGCAAUUAUCUGCACCUCAGUAUUGUAGUACAUUUAUAAAACAGUAUGCAAUAAUAACGUAUUGAGUGUAAAUUAUAGUUUUAAUUCAAAUUAUUAAAUGGAUGCCACCUUAUUGGGACAAUAAAGCACUCCCUACACCUACCCUAUACUUUAUUUUCAGCUUUUUGAUUAUUUUAUUGAAAAUAAAUGCCUUUCCGAUGCGAUAUGAGAUUUGAAAAGGGAGAAAAAAAAGUUCGGUAAACGGCAGGUUCGAACUCGGGUCAAUUAGUUUACGUCAAAAAGCACAUGCUUUACCAUCUACGCCACUGAAACUGAAGUAAAACAAGCGUCUUUUUUCAGUGUUGACUAUCCCAAUCACAUGUUGGUGGGUGGAGUCAGUGUAAAUAGCCUCUGCCAACAAGAGGGGCUAUUUGCACUUAGUGUAUUUAUAUAGAAAGGUUUAAAUAUGUAAUUUUGAUUCCUGUGAUGGCAAAAAAUGUGAUUUUUUAGCAGCUAUUACUUCAGUCUUCAGUGUCACAUGAGCCUUUAGAAAUCAUUCUAAUUUACUGAUUUGGUGUUGCUUAAUAUUAAUAUUUCAUGGAUAUGGUGAUAAAUAUUGUUUGAUUAAUGGAAAACCAAUAAAGCAUUUAUUGAAUGCUUUUGAAAGAUUAGAAACGUCUUAAAUUUGACUUUUGAUCAAUUUAAUGUGUCGUUGCUGAAUUAUUAUUUUUCAAAAAAAUUUACUGACCCCAACCCCAACCCCAAAAAAAGGUUAUCAUUUACUGGAGGCAUGCCGUUCCAAACUUGUAUGAUCUUUACUGUUUGAGUAUGUGAAACACAAGUAUAUAUUUAGAAUUUUAAUUUUUGGGUGAACAAUCUAAGAGGAAUUAACUUUUUUCAUUUUUUUACUAAUAACAAUCAGUUUUCUGUUAUAACUAAAUAAAGAUAUUUA